AUGAAGAAACAGGCGCCGCGCCCCGCCGAGCGGGGGCCCCCGGUGCGGCUCUUCACGGAGGAGGAGCUGGCCCGCUACGGCGGGGAGGAGGAAGAUCAGCCCAUCUACAUGGCAGUGAAAGGAGUGGUGUUUGAUGUCACUUCUGGAAAGGAGUUUUAUGGACGAGGAGCCCCCUACAAUGCCUUGACCGGGAAGGACUCCACCAGAGGGGUGGCCAAGAUGUCCCUCGAUCCUGCAGACCUCACCCAUGACACUGUGAGCCAGGGCCUGGUGCUGAAGGAUGGUGGCUUUGAGGACACAAAGGCCUGGUUCACACAGGCCUGA